AUGUUCCAUGGAUUGCCAAGUGAAGACCCCAUUGACCACCUUGAUGAGUUUGAUAGGCUUUGUGAUUUGACAAAGAUCAAUGGUGUCUCUGAAGAUGCCAUCAAGCUGAGACUCUUUCCUAUGUCUCUAGCUGACAAAGCUCACCAAUGGGAGAAGAGCUUGCCCCAUGGCACAAUCACCACUUGGGAUGAAUGCAAGAAGGCCUUUCUUGCUAAGUUUUUCUCCACCGGUCGCACAGCCAAGCUUAGAGGAGAGAUACAGCUUCAUCCAGCUGAGACAUUCGCAUUGGGAGAGGUUCAAAGGCUACACAAGUAUAGGGAGAUGCUAGACACAGCUAGCAAUGGGAACUUCCUCAACCAGGAUGUAGAUGAUGGCUGGCAACUUGUGGAGAACAUAGCAACUCAAAUGGAAGCUAUGGAGAAGAGUAUGAUCGCACCAACCGGAGCUCGACCCACCACUCGAUCGAGUCAGACGAAAAGUUGA